AUGACUCGUACUUUUAUCGAUGAACACUCAUCACUCUUGCAUUCAGGCAUUUCAAGACGUAUUGAACGUCGCACACGUCUUCUUGUGAGUGGUCUAGCAUUAUUGCUACUAUUCACAGGAGGUGUCGCUUGUGUUGCUAUUAUCUUGCGUUUACUACGAAGUUCUAGGACUCUGCCAUUUAUAAUACGACCAUUAAUUUUGUCAGAAGAGUAUGACGCAAUCAUCAUUGGUGGAGGUCCUGCUGGGUCCGUGGUGGCUAAAUUACUGAGUGAUGAUCCAUGGCGACGCGUCUUGUUAAUUGAAGCGGGGAACGCGUCACAGACGCAGCUGGGGGGGCAAGGUGCUCGUCUUAAGUCACCAUAUAAUCUGAAACGGUUAACACCUUUUGAUAUUCCAUUCUAUUGGACAAGUGUAGCUAAUACGCGACAUUUACAUUGGGCAUAUCCGGAUGUAAAUGUCGCAAAAGCUUUAGGAGGAUGUGGAAUCCAUAAUGCAAUGUUAUAUGUACGAGCACUACCAUCGGAUUUAGAUAGCUGGCAUAUGGAAAAUUGGACAUGGAAAAAAGCGUUAGAAAUUUACAUGGCAAUUGAAGAUUACGAUGGACCAAAUUCCAGUUAUCACGGGACACAAGGAUUUGUUCGUACGAGUCCACCAGCACUCAAGACCAAUUUAUCCAAGGAAUUUAUCAACGCAUGUGAGCAAGUUGGUAUUCCAUGGACAGCAGAUUUUAAUCAACCUCAUGGACGAUUUGGUGCGGGGUACUAUCAUUUUAAUACACGUGACGGAAUACGGGAGAGUGCUGCCAAAACAUUUCUUGGACCAAUACUCGAUCGUCAGACGGCAGAAUCUACACGAGGUAAUUUACGCUUGAUGUUGGACACGACUGUUACGAAAAUCAAAAUUAAUGAAAUGAACGUGACCGAAGGAGUAGAAGUUUGCUACGGAAACGGUACAGUACAAAUCAUUCGAUUGGCAAAGCAUGGUGAAGUCAUUGUCACGGCUGGCGCAAUCAACACGCCCAAAAUCUUGAUGCUUUCGGGGCUUGGACAUCGUGAUAUGCUCAAGAAAGUUGGUUUACCGCUGAAAAAGCACUUGCCACUGGUAGGCAUGAACCUGCAGGACCACCCUGUUGUAGGAAUGACAUUUGAGUGCAAGCACCCACAAGUGAUCGAUCUUAAAGCGGCAUUGGACUCGUAUUUCAUGGCUACUAAUUCCAAGGAUACUAAUGCAUCCAGUUUCGGGCCUUUUGGUUCCGCUGGCCUUAGCGCUGGGGCGUUUUUUAUUCCUCCCGGCGCAACGCUACCUCAACUUCAGCUCUCACUGUUCCCCCGAAACUCUGAACCGCACAUGUCCAACAGCGCUGGACUUGUCCAUGCCACAGAAGUUGUAAUCACGAUUGCACUGCUGCACCCGCUAGCCCGUAAUCGUGUGGUGCUUGUCCGCGAUGACGACGAUUCUGUCGAUGACAACAAAAGCGAUGACCACUUGAUCCCGCGUAUCGUGUCGGAAGUGCCAGAGAGCAAGCCUGAACACCUCAGGGCAGGUGAUGUGUGGAAAAUCUCUUGGGCUAUUGGCGUCGUGCGAGACAUCACAUCAAUACUUGCUAAGAAGGGCCUCAUCGGAGACGAGAUUUCUCCAGGUGUUGGCAUCAACUCUUCAGAAGACUUGGACAAAUGGGUGCUCAACUCUGUGUUUCGCAACUCACACUGGGUUGGUAGUGCGUCCAUGGCAAUGACUGAAGACAGGGGUGUCGUGGACAGUCAUCUGCGUGUCUUUGGGAUCCAAAACCUUCGCGUAGCUGACGCUUCCGUUAUUCCGCUAAUUCCAAAUGGCAACGUGCACUCCUCCGUGGUGAUGGUAGCAAAUCGCGCUGCGCAGAUCCUGCGUCAAGACGAGAUGGAAUAUCGACGACAUGAUUUCCAAACAGCGCGAAGACUGGGGCAGGUAUAUCGUCAAUUGGGUGCUGUUUACGGUGGUAAGCAAGAGAUAUAUGAAAAGUUGGAGGACAAGGCGAGGCGAAACAAGAAGGGGAUUUGGAGCCAGGGGAGGAAGAUGGAGAGCUCAAGCGAUUAUAAGGCUCGUAUGCGUGUCAGCUAG